AUGCAUGAAGUAAUCACUCUGCUUUAUUUAGUGGUGUCUUCUUUGGAUAUCCUGAACAGCUUUGAACAUUGUGUGUUACGACAAACAGGUGCAGUAGAACAAGGGUUUGGCUUCUUGUUUCAGCAACUGAACUUCUGCGCUGUAAUCUCAUCGCUAACACACCUUUUCCCCUUCUCUUUAAAGCAAACUACAAAUCUGAACCUUCCUCCUGAAGAUCUUGAUUCAUCUGGUGAUGAUGACGAUGCGUUCUCAGGUUCAGGUGCAGGUCCCCUGACUGACCAGUCUCGCACCUGGAUAAUCCCAGGAGAACCGACUAAUUUCUCAUUACUGGCAACACCAAUGGAUUUCGGCAAACAGCCAUUUCCCGGGCUUGAGAGCCGAACUGAAAAGGAAGUAGUAUCUCCUUCUGCAACUAGUAAUGUAGUGACAGAGGAGCCAGUUGUAGCUGUGAAGGACGAAGUACCCAUCCUGGGCUCGCCUGAUGAGAAACCAGCAAAUGAUGCGGUUACAACAGUGAGAAGCCCCACUACUCACUUUCCUUCAGUGGUUCAUGUAACUCCUUCAGAAGCCUCAGGCACAGUCCAUGAGCUCGAACCUAAAAUCCCUAGCUCUGAUGCGUCAGACACUAAAGACGUGCCUGAGCCCUACUCUACCAUCCAUCAUGAGGGAGACUUCGCUGCCACUCCCACGACAACAACUCCAAAGGACAUUGUUCCUACACAUGAGGACAUUUCUGAAGAUGGCUCUGGAGACCCGGGAGACUUCAUCUUGACUAAAGAUGAGGAUUUGGUCCCCACCCAGAACUCAGAAGUACUGGCUGACUCUGGGAGGAAUGCCAAAGCAUCAGGAGCCUCGGGAAUUAUGGAGAGAAAAGAAGUUCUUGGAGGUGUUAUUGCUGGAGGACUAGUAGGCUUGGUGUUUGCAGUGUUUCUAGUUGCAUUUAUGCUGUACAGAAUGAAGAAAAAAGACGAAGGCAGCUAUUCACUGGACGAACCAAAACAGUCUAAUGGAGGAUACCAAAAACCACACAAACAAGAAGAAUUCUAUGCAUAAACGCUGAUCUUUGGGACACUUCUUAUUCCAUCUUUCUUGGACUCUUCUCUCCCUGCACGUGGACCUCCUAGUGUGCUUUGCAUUAAACUUAAGCCAUAUGAUCAUUGGGUUAUUUGCCCUUACCACUUUGCCAUUGGAAAUUUUAUAACUACAAAGUAGAUCUGGAUUCAUUGAACAUUCCCUGCUUUCUUGCACAACUUUUUUUUUUAUUUUUUUUUAAACAGAAGUGGGACUGCAAGUUCCUAAACUCACUUUGGUUUAUCUAAAGACUGCUGGGGCAGGCGGUGGGGAGAAGAUAAGGGAGCACUGUAUGUAUAAACCUCUUGAUAUUUAGGGAAAGGGCUAGCAAGAAUAAACAAUUAUCAGUGCUCAAAUUCUGUAUAGCAGGGAUCCUUCCUAUUUAACUCAUAGAUGUGUUUUAAGUGUAACAAAUGGCUGUGCUGGGCAGACAUUUGGUACACUGCAAUCCUCUAGCUCUUUCUAACUGCCGUAUUUGGAGCACUUAAUGCCUAUGAAACAUCAAGCUGAAUAUGAUUUCUGGUGAAAUGAGGUGUGAGGGCCAGGGUAAGCAAAUGACUGUCACGUGGUUUAAAAUAACAUAUUUUGGAAACGUUAUCCCACACUCAGAACCAGCUCCUAAGCAGUUGGUGCAUACACUAAUACAAAACAAACCCCAAAGAUCCCAAAACUAAGCGGAGAGUUCAUUUUGCCAAUAGCAUUGGACUGUCCCACUACCCUCUUGCUCCUUCGAGGCUUAGGUAAGAAAUAGAUUUUUCUAAGCGGUCUCAUCUCAGACAUUCCCUCUUCGUAGGUGCCGAAUCUAGGCUGGGCUGUCAUGCUGCAAAUACUUACCCUGCGCUACUAUGUAGUCGCCAG